UCCUGGUCAUCCCGGUCCCGUCCUGCCCCAUCCCCCCCGCGGUCCCAUCCCGGCCCGCCCCGGCCAUGGGCUCCUCGCGCCGCACCGCACCGCCGCUGCCCCCGGGGCCGCCCCCCCGGCGCUGCCCUCCCUGCCGGCGGCGAGCGGCUGCGGACGCUGCACUGGGAGAUGGUGCCCGCGGCGCGGGCGCGGGACCGCCGCUCGGUCUGGACCCAGCGGAUCCCCCUGCCGCCGAUCGACCUGCCGCGCCUCCGGCUGCUCUUCCGAGAGCCCCGCGGGGCCGACCGGGGACUCCCCGCCGCCCUGACCGCCCCGUGCCCACCCUCCCCCAGGCCGCGCUGCUGGAGCCCAAGCGGAGCCUUGCCGUCGGCAUCUUCCUCCAGCAGAUCAAGCGGCCCAUCCACCAGAUUGUGCAGGACAUCCAGGAGGGUGUCGGGGUCCCUGAGGGGCAGAGAAGCUGCUGGAGCUGUCCAGAAUGCUGCUCAGUUCUGCAGAGGUGAGGGCUGGGAUCAGAGGGGGGUCCCUGGUGACCCCCCCUGACCCCCCACCUCUGCCCACAGGUGUCCCAGCUGCACUUCUUCCCUGGCAGCCCCCACCAGCUUGCUGACCCCGAGCUCUUCAUGCUGCUGCUGACAGAGGU